AGUCUCCUUGACCUGACCUUGGCCUAGUCAUUGAUUAUUUAUACAACGUAUAUGUGUUCGACCUGUCCGUGAGAGUAUUUGACUACGAAUCUCUGAUUGUGUCGCCAGUCUGUUGGUGAGAGUGUUGACUAUGAGCUCGGACCAGGCCCUCCGAGAAGGUGUGCGUCAGAAUCUUUCGCACUGGAUCAUGAAGCUGGAAUGUGGCGGUGAUGUGGAGAAACAACAGGAAUUUAAGAGGAAAUUUCUCAACAAAUUAAAACAAUCUGUAGUUGCCAUAGAAACUGAUACAGCCAAUGAGCAGCAUUACGAAGUUCCAACUGAAUUCUUUAAAACGGUCCUCGGGAAAAGGCUAAAGUACAGCUGCUGCCAGUUUCCGACGGAAGAAACCACACUAGACCAAGCGGAAGAGCUUUCCCUCCAACAAGUUUGUCAGCUGGCGAUGGUUAAAGAUGGACAAGCAGUCAUGGAUCUUGGCUGUGGUUGGGGGUCACUUGGCUUCUUUAUUUGCGAGAGAUACCCAAACUGUGUUGUGACGUGUGUCUCGAACUCCGCCACACAGAGACAACACAUUGAGGGGGAGGCGGACAAACGCGGCUAUCACAAACGGCUUGAGUGUAUCACCGCGGACGCCAAUCAUUUCAAUACCGAAAAGAGGUACGACCGGGUCAUUUCAUUGGAGAUGUUUGAGCACAUGCGGAACUAUGAAACUCUGAUGGCGCGGGUGUCUCGAUGGCUGAAGCCCAGUGGGAUGCUUUUCACUCAGAUCCUCUGCCACAGAGAAUUCCCUUACGCCUUCGACACCAAGCGCGGCGCAGACACGGAAUGGAUGGCCAGAAACUUCUUCUCUGGAGGAACCAUGCCGUCUGCUGAUCUCUUCCUUUACUUCCAAAAAGACCUCGUCCUUCUUGACCACUGGAAGGUUAAUGGUGUCCAUUAUUCAAAGACAUUGGAAGCCUGGCUGCAGAUCAUGGAUCAGAACAUCGAAAAAGUCAAGGACUCAUUCGCACGGGCUUAUGGGAAAGAUGCCGUUGAUCAACAGAUCUUCAACUGGCGGCUAUUUUUCAUGUUUUGUUCAGAGGUGUUUGGAUAUAAGGAGGGCAACGAAUGGAUGGUGUCUUAUCAUUUGUUUAAGAAGAGACCAAUGAGCAGUUUAUAGGCAGUGUAGAAAAUUAGCGUCGCUCGUUACAACCUCUCCACGUGCAUUUCUGACAGUGCACGUGCACGUUACAGUGACAGUGCACUUGCACGUUACAGUGCAGUUACCAAAGAAGGAAUUUAUUACCGUCAGGGUACAUUCUAGUGUGGAUGAUUCAUUGAUUCCACAAGCACUCGUCAUACCUCUGUCAAGCCCCCAUCAAGUUUUUGUCGAAGGAGAGGUUCCGUAGCAAUGCCCCCAAGAUCGCAUAACGCACAUGAUUCCGUCACCCAUAAUAUUUUGGUGUCCGAGGCACAGCCUAUCUCGGAACUUCGCCACGGAACCUCCCAUUCACAGGUCAAGGGAGCUUCACCAGGACACGACGUGAGCUUGAACUGAACAUGAGGUGACGGAGUCAGUGGAUUCCCUGCAUAAAGAAUGAGAAGCAAAUACUGCAGACAAAUGCCCUUGAUUUCUUUGUAGUGUAAUUUUAUUCGAAAAAAAUAUCCUAUUUAUCAUACGAGUAGAAGGACAAAUCCCAGAUAUGUUAUAAUCUUUGAAAUUGAGUAUCACCUUGUGUUAUCACCAAUAUCGCAAAUAAUAAAAAGAUAAUAUGA